GAGUCACUGCUGCUAAAGAUGUGAAAUUGCUCCUGCUAGGGGCUGGGGAAUCUGGGAAAAGUACCAUCGUGAAACAGAUGAAGAUUAUCCACGAGGAUGGUUUCUCUGGUGAUGAUGUGAAGCAGUACAAGCCAGUGGUCUACAGCAAUACCAUCCAGUCUCUGGCUGCUAUCGUGCGUGCCAUGGACACACUGGGGCUGGAGUACGGAGACAAGGAGCGUAAAGCUGAUGCUAAGAUGGUCUGUGAUGUUGUGAGCCGUAUGGAGGAUACCGAGCCCUACUCUCCAGAGCUGUUGUCCGCCAUGAUUCGCCUGUGGUCUGACUCAGGCAUCCAGGAGUGCUUCAGCCGUGCCCGCGAGUACCAGCUCAAUGACUCCGCCCAAUAUUACUUAGACAGUUUAGAUCGGAUUGGUGCUGCAGACUACCAGCCCACAGAGCAGGACAUUCUGCGAACUCGAGUGAAGACCACCGGGAUUGUAGAAACCCACUUCACCUUCAAGAACCUGCACUUCAGGCUGUUUGAUGUGGGAGGUCAGAGGUCGGAGAGGAAGAAAUGGAUCCACUGCUUUGAGGACGUGACCGCCAUUAUCUUCUGUGUGGCUCUGAGUGGAUACGACCAGGUGCUCCAUGAAGACGAGACCACGAAUCGAAUGCACGAGUCUCUUAUGCUGUUCGAUUCCAUCUGUAACAACAAAUUCUUCAUUGACACUUCUAUCAUUCUCUUCCUCAACAAGAAAGACCUGUUUGCUGAAAAGAUCAAGAAAUCUCCCCUGAGUAUCUGUUUCCCUGAAUACACAGGUCCAAACACCUACGACGAUGCAGCUGCUUACAUCCAAGCACAAUUUGAAAGUAAGAACCGCUCGCCUAAUAAGGAGAUCUACUGUCACUUGACCUGUGCCACAGAUACAGGAAACAUCCAGGUGGUGUUCGAUGCCGUGACCGACAUCAUCAUUGCCAACAACCUGCGAGGCUGUGGCUUGUACUGAGGCCCGCCCCCUCCCUCUCGAGCCACUUCUUUGGAAAUGAUUAUUAUUGAAAAUGAAAGUUGGUAAAUAAUGAUAAUGAUAAUUUUAAAAUAGGCAUAUACAAAUAUAUAAAUAUAUUAUAUAUAUAUAUGAAAUGUUUUUAGUUUGUCUUUCAAAGAGCUGCCAACAGAACUGAUUUCUUAUAGAAACCCAGCCUUUAUGGUUUUAGAACAAAGUUGGGACCUUUUUUGUGUUGUUUUUGUUUUCUUUGCUGUCGUACGUUUCGUUCUCCCUCGUUUUCCACUGUGUCUUUAUCAUUUUAACUAAACAACCCUCAUUUUUUUUUUUUGAUAAAUGUUUUCUUUGACUAUUUUUUUUAUGUUUUAUGUCAUUGUAUGUAUAUUUAUUACACAAAUAUCAGUCAGGGGGAUGACCUGUACAUGUUUGCCUGGCUAUAUGAAUUUACUUUGACGAUAAUGUGACGAUAGCUAAAUCCAUGGUUAUGCUAGUCUUGAGCACUAUGGUUCAAGUCAGUUGUAGCGUGUCUUUGUUUCAGAUUUUUAAUCACUAGUACCGUUCCAUAUCAUAGAGAAUGGAAUCACCAAGGCUUUUCUUACGUUUCGUCUCUACCCAUCCCCGUCACUUCCGUAGGUCAGCUCUCUGGGGAAGGGCCUGGGCCGCUUGGCAUGUGACCCCGGGCCUGUCGAACCAGUACGAUGAUUGCAAGUGUCAUAUCAGUGCCAACCUUCUGAGAAUGACGUGUCUGGGAAUAGUACUAGGAACACUAGGUCACUGUUAUGAGAACUUACUAACAUUCGUCUUGUGAGGAACUUUUGCUUUUGUAUUGUUGUUGAUUAAUUUAUUAAUUUAUUUAUUGAUCAUCUGUCCCACACACUUCCUUUGUACUUACUACACCUCGUCCAUUUUUCUACCUCUCGUCCGUCCGUUGUCACCCUUCCCUCUUCAUUCCUCCUUUUCCCCAGGUUUCUUCCUGUUUUAGUUGGCUGGGUAAUGGAGUCCCCGUCACUGAUAGCAUGACCUUUGUAUAAAGAAACUGCUUCACAUAGCUAAUGGUGCGAAAAUAAAGAAUAAAACAAAAUAAAAAGAACAAAAAAAGAGGAAAAAAAGAAAACAUGGAAAAGACAGACACAGCAAAAAAGAAUGGGCAUCAUGUGGGCGGGGUUACGGGGUGGGCGGGUAGAUGUGGGGCUCAGGGAAACGAUGUGGAGGCUUACAGACGAAGGUCAUUGGGCUGUCAGUCUUUGUAGAAAGCUGUAGAUCCUCCAAUUCUAGAAUCUUUAUGAGUAGAAAUAAUUGGGAAAAAAAACGAAAAAAACAACGAUGACAAUAAUAUCAAACGACAAUGAUGAUAACAACACCAAUAUCAAUGAUUAUUCUGUAAUAUCAUUAAAGGUAUAUUUCUUGUGCUUUGUAGCUACAGAACUUUUUUUCCCCUCUCUCCCCCUUUUUUAAAAAAAAAAAAGAAUUUUGCAAGGGUUCCUGUGAUCCACUCUUGAAACGUUCUUACUGACUUACCCAUGUUGAUGUUGAUGAACUGUACCGAUUCUUUUUGCCUGUUCGCCCUGCAUUGCAAUGUCUUUACUUAGCCUGAAUUACAGUAUAUGUAUUGAUUUUUUUCAUUUUUUUUGAACGAAUCACUUUUUGGUGGCACGGCUCUGCCCCCUGUGCUGGAGAGGGCGGGGCUGUGCACGGCUGUACAGAUUCAUGCGCUUUCUCUUGGUUUUUUGAGAAUUGUACUCAAACACCUUCCAGGUCUGCAUAGAAAAGCACAGCUCUCACCUAUCACACGUAGAUUUGGAAAGAUGUAUCUCUCCUCCCUCUCUGCCUUCUCAGUUUGAAAUUCAAAGAAAAAGAGAAAAAAAAAACUGUACAAUUACCUUCACCACCGUUGAUUUUGAUUCUCCUUCCCUUCUUUUUUUAAGCCUUUCUUUUUCUCUCCAAGUGAAUGCUUUUGUGCUGCUUUUUCUCCCUCUUCUUUAGUGAAUGGUUGUUCUUUCAUGUGGGAUGUUCGUGCUGGAAAACCAAUCGAAUGUAGUGUUUACAUUAAAAGCCACAGUUUUCAUGACUACAA